AAGACAAUGGCAUCUUUGUUAUUUUACGAAGUACCUAUACAUAAUGAGAAUACUCGCAAUAACCACUUGGUAUCCCAAAAAAAUCGAUAAGGGAAACGCGCGAACCGGGGAAGGCGCACGCGUCAAGCGUUACUGAUGCGUGUCAGCUGUCCCGGUCGUAAGUAAAACGGCUGUGUACAGGUGUUCUGGAGCUCUACGUCCGUAAUCUUCCAAUGUAGAGCUGUGAUUGAAUGAUUUAAAUGGCUUGCGACAAUCGUACGAAAGUGUAUCUCGGAUAUGAGGACGAGUAUGUCACGGACAAGCAUCGGUCCUUGCUCAACUUUACGACUAACAAGAUCGGCGGGCAUCCGAAUUGUUAUGGGAAAAAUACAUUAUUGUCGCCACAAUGCAAACUCUGUGGCUUGUAUCAGCUCUUAGCACUACAGUUGUAUGCACCAUUAGAUAAUUCAAAAUACCAUCGGACAUUAUACAUAUUUGCAUGCAUCAAUCCAAACUGCUGGAAUCAAAAUAAAAGCUGGACGUGUUUAAGAGUACAGCACUUAGAAGAUGAAACUAAUACAAGUGUUCCGGAUUCUGGGAGUGUUAACGUGCCAUCUACAACAGCUUGGCUAUCAGAUGCAGAUGAUUGGGAUGAUAACGUAAAUGACAAUGCAUCAGAACCAAAUGGGAAUAAUAUGUUGGAAAAUGAUCCAUUACAAUUUCAUUUUUCUUUGCAUAAAGAAAUAGAUCAGGGCUUACGAGAAGAGUUGUCUACACUGCGUGUAGAUGAUCCAAAUGCAAAUAG